GAGAGUACCAAGGCGGCUAAGUAGACCUCCGAAUUCCUAUCGCCAUGUCCAAGGAACCAACUCGCAACCAGCUAUCGUCCAGGCUCGCGUACAGCGCGCAAACGCCCGCUUUUCUUCUGCGGAUGCAGGCUCGCGUCAACGGGACAGCCGAAGAUGAAGACGAUGACGAAUACGAGUACGACGGCUCUGGGCGCCCACCCAUUCCGAAGCGUCCUGCGAUUCCAGAACGCCCGGAUGACGAUCCAGGCAGUGCCGAAGAGGAUAAUGGCGAUGAGAAACCACAGGUAGUGGUUCUGAGGGAAGGGAAGCACCUCUCGGAGCGGGAGGUUGAGAAUGAGAAGCGAAAGGCGAAGGGCUUGUCGCCUCUGCCUGACAUCGUGGAAGGGGAAGCAGAAGCCCCUGCGUCGGGUAGCACGUCUCAGAAGGACAGUGCAGAGAAACAGGCUCAUAGCCGUUCGUUUGGGUCGAUCGGCUUAAAGACCAAGUCCACCAAACGGAAAGCCGUGGGGGACGCCCGAGACGACGAACCGCCAACAGGCAAGCCAACUAAGGGCAUGAAGAAGAAACCGAAGAAAGCAGAGAAGAAGUUGCUGUCGUUCGGAGACGAGUCGUGAUUCUGUGACUAAACUCUCGCGCUACACGUGUAUACUUUGCGCGUCGGUUUCGAUCCUCCUGGCGCCGUAGGAUCCUGUGGCACUACCCCCGCUCGGGCCUUCGGGAACCGUGGAAGCGGGUGUCGUUAGGUCUCAGCAUCUACGGCAACUUGACCGCGGCUGCGCAGCAGC